AUGAUAGUGUCUAGGGAGGUGAACGUCAAACAUGGGGACAAAACGACGGCGAAAGAGGGUUUCCCGAGGAUGGUGAUUAUUAUAAUGCUCGCAGAGUUCUGCGAGAGAUUCUCCUUUUCGGGUAUGCGAGCAUUCCUUACACUAUACCUACGUAGUAAACUGGGAUACUCAGACGAGGGAGCCACGGAAAUCUACCACGUUUUCAGCACUUUCGUGUAUUUCUUUCCAAUUUUGGGUGGAAUUGUUGCUGACAACUAUCUCGGGAAGUUUAGGACUAUUUUGUACUUGAUGUUUGUUUACGCAGCUGGGAAUAUGCUUGUUGCUGUGACCGCGAUCCCUCAACUGGAACUGCCCAAAAGAUUAUGCACCAUCAUCGGCCUUUUAAUGAUAACAGUUGGGACUGGAGGCAUCAAACCGUGUGUGACCGCAUUCGGAGGAGACCAAUUCAUACUCCCGCAGCAAGAGAAGCAGCUCGCGCUAUACUUCAGUAUUCUCUACUUUAACCUCUGUAUUGGUAGUCUGAUAGCUAAGACCGUGUCACCUAUACUGCGGUCUGAAGUCCAUUGCUUUGGAGAUAAGGAUUGCUAUUCCUUGGCUUUCGGCGCUCCUGGAUUCGUUGUGCUGAUGUCUAUAGUAAUAUUCGUCAGUGCCAAGAACAGGUACGUUAUGAAAAAACCCGAAGGCAACAUGGUGAUUGACUUCGUGAAAUGCAUUUCAUUGGGAAUAAAAAAUACAAUAAUGAAAGGCAAAGGCGAUAAACAGUCUCAUUGGUUGGACAGCACGGAACACAAGUACGAUAAAAAGUUCAUAAGGGACGUGAAGAAAACACUGUCGAUACUCAUGUUGUUCACCGUACUUCCGGUGUUCUGGGCAUUGCUGGAUCAGUUGGGUUCAAGAUGGACGCUACAAGCUACGAAGAUGGACGGUCGUCUGGGCUUUAUAACGAUCAAGCCGGAUCAACUUCAAGUAUUCGGCCCUAUUUGUAUACUGAUUUUUAUUCCGUUAUUCACAAAGUACUUAUAUCCCUGUCUAGAGAAGCGCAAUAUUCUCACAAAUCCGCUCCACAAAUUGACUCUUGGGGGCGUUCUGGCUGGCAUAGCGUUUAUUGCUUCGGCGCUCGUCGAAAUUUAUAUCAAGACGACUUAUCCAGACCUUCCUCAAGCAGGAUAUUCACAACUUCGCGUAUACAAUGGCAACCCAUGUUCCAUCUCCAUACAGGACAACAUGCUAUACACGAUUCCCUCCCUCUCAUUCUAUUCAAAUAAAAACAUACGAGUGAAAGAGACGGAAAAUGUGUCAAUGCGUUUGGAAGGGAGAUGUAUAGAGGCGAGGGACGAAGUUUUCACCUUGGAAAACAAUAAAGCAAUAUCUUUCUUUGUAAAUGGCAACGAGACAAUGAGAUUUGGGGAAAAUGUCGACAAAAGUAAAUCCGGGCUGCCAUUAGUGAGAUUUCUUGUGACGAACCGGGUGAGAUCAUCUAACCUGACUCUAUUUAACGAGAACAGAAAUGAAAUAGAGUCGCAUAUUUAUCCUGGAAUAAGCGCACAAAUGGAAGUGUUUGUAUCAAGGUACUCUCUAAGAGUAGGGGAUAAGAUCGUAAUGGUGGAUAUAGAGUUAGACCAAGGAGGAGUGUAUACAAUUGCUAUUGAUAAUUCUGGAGGUAUCUACCAAGCCAGACUCAUCGUUAUAACAGAACCAAACUCAAUUACUAUGGCGUUACUACUACCGCAGUUUCUGAUCAUAUCUAUAGCUGAGGUGUUGUUCGCGGUGACGGGUAACGAAUUUGCCUUCAAGGAGGCACCAAGCAGCAUGAAAGCCGUCAUGACUGCCGUGUGGCUGCUCACAGAGGCGGCGGGCAAUGUCAUCAUCAUUAUUGUGACGCGAGUCUUCGUUAGCUUUCAACAGGAAACGCAAUCGUUCAUAUACACGGGUCUCAUGUUCACAUCGAUAGCGUUGUUCCACUACCUGUCUAGAGGUUACAAGUACGAUGCAGACGAUGACGUCACUAGCAAGCAGUGUAGAAGCAACAGUAAAGUGUUGUACCACCAAGUGAAGCAGGCAGAAGACUGCUUAGAACAUUGACAGUGAGAAGUGAUAUUUGUUAAUUAUAAGGAAGUAAACGAUAAUUUCAUGUAACAUAACUUUUUUUACUUUUCAUCAUCCUAUUUUGACAUAAAGAAAACGCAGUCGUUCAUAUA